AUGCGGGCUUCUGCUUGCUUUGAGACGUCUCAAAACACUCCUUCUUUCACGCGACUGGCUGUGGGGUGGGUGAAGGCGGGCGAGUUGAUAUACAAGGGGCAUCUGUCCUACGAUCUUAUGGUCACGCUGCAGCUUGGCUUGCGCCACUCCAUAGGUCGCAUGGGGCUGGACUCAGUACGGGAGUUGAGAGAAAGCGACUUCUCGCAGCACGCACGCAGCCACUACUCCAUAGGGCGCAUGGGGCUGGAUUCAGUGAGGGAGUUGAGAGAGAGCGAUUUCUCCCAGCAUGCGGGGCCAAGGGCUGUGCGCUUCCCCCCAGAGGGCUCUCAGAUCACUCCCCCGCACCAAGUAGCUCCCUUCAAGUGGCGGGAUUUCUGCCCUGCCGUAUUCAGAUCACUCCCCCGCAUCAAGUGGCGCCUUUCAAGUGGCGGGACUUUUGCCCCACCAUUUUCAGGCAAGUCGGGCAGUGUCUUCUACCCCUCCCAUCGUCUUCCCCUUCACCUCCCUCCCGUGAAUCGUGAUACACCACCCCACAGGGAGCUGCGAGCUCUAUUCGGAGUUGACCCGUCAGACUACAUGCUGUCGCUGUGUGGUGACACGGCGUUAAGAGAGCUGUCUUCCCCGGGCAAGUCGGGCAGUGUCUUCUAUCUCUCCCACGACGAUCGCUUCAUCAUCAAGACAAUGCGACGAGCCGAAGUGCAUGUGCUCCUGCGAAUGCUCCCGGCAUACCACGAGCACGUGAAGCAGUACGAGCACACCCUGCUCACCAAGUUCUUCGGCCUCCACAGCUGCAAGAUCUACAAGCCCUCCACCGGCAGCACCAUGAUCCGAUUCGUGGUGAUGGGAAACCUUUUCAACUCAGACGUGCGGCUGCACCGCCGCUUCGACCUCAAGGGCUCCUCACAGGGGCGCAGCAUGGACAAGGUGGCGAUCGAUGAGACCAUGACGCUCAAAGAUCUCGACUUGGACCUCGCCUUUAGGCUGCACGGGGGAUGGAGAAACCUGCUGCUCAGGUGCGUGUGCCGUGUGGGUGAGCAUGAGAGCAUGGACAAGGUGGCGAUUGAUAAGACCAUGACGCUCAAAGACUUGGACCUGGACCUUGCGUUCCGGCUGCACGGAGGGUGGAGAUACCUUCUGCUCAGGCAAAUGGCCGCGGACUGCCACUUCCUGCAGUCCCAACGCAUCAUGGAUUACAGCCUCCUCUUGGGCAUGCAUUUCCGUGCCACAGACCCGCCCUCUAUCGCCUCCUUUCUAUCCUUCUUCCCUUCUCCCCCCCUCCCUUGCAGGCAAAUGGCUGCCGACUGUCAUUUCCUCCAGUCGCAGCGCAUCAUGGACUACAGUCUCCUCUUGGGAGUGCAUUUUCGAGCCACAGACCCGCCCCCCCCUAUAGUCACCAUCGCUGAAGGCAAGCCUGGGCCGCCGAACCUGCAGGCGAGGCUCGCAUGCCAGGAAGCGAGAAUGGGCACAGGGGGAGGAGGGGGUGAGGCGGAGUGCAGGAGAGAAGGAUGUUCGUUAGGGCAGCAGGCAGAGGCAGUGGGAGGGGAGAGGGUGAGCGAUGGGUGCGCGAUGGGGGGGGAUGCGGUGAGAGGGGGUGUGCUGACUCCUCCUCUUCAUGGGGGCACUCCUGCCUCCAACCCCCUCCCAGCACCGCCUGCCGCUCCUGGAAACGCCAGCGCCGCCCCAGCCUCCCUCCCCCAGAUUCGGCCUGUCUGCACUAGUGGGGGCGUUACGCUCCCCCACUUCCAAAAGGCAGAGCCACGUGAAGCGAGGGGGGGGCCUGUCUGUGCCUGCAAGCCCGUGGCUGCACCCUGUGCUGGGGAAGGUGCAGGUGCAGCCGCAGCAGGACGAAGGGGGUCAGGGGGAGCAGAUUCAAGGCCCACGAGGGCAGCAGCAGCAGCAGCAGCAGCAGCAGCAGCAGGAAGGGCAGCAGCAGCAGCAGCAGCAGCAGCAGCAGCAGCAGCAGCAGGAAGGGCAGCAGCAGCAGCAGCAGCAGCAGGAAGGGCAGCAGCAGCAGCAGCAGCAGGAAGGGCAGCAGCAGCAGCAGCAGCAGCAGCAGGAAGGGCAGCAGCAGCAGCAGCAGCAGCAGCAGCAGCAGCAGCAGCAGCAGGAAGGGCAGCAGGGGCAGCUGCAGCAACCCAGACGGCCCUCUGA